UUAAAUUUUUAAAUAAAGUUACUUAUAAUCCCAUAUUAAUUGCAAUUAAAAUCUGUAUUUAAUUGAUUCAAAACAAUGCAACCAAUAAGUGAUGAGUUGAACGCAAAACUAUGCAAACAAUUAGAGUAUUACUUCUCGGACUAUAAUCUACACACAAAUGCUUUUAUCAAAGAUCUCAUAACUAAAGACAAUGGAUGGAUCCGUUUCGAGACACUAAACACAUUCAAUCGACUGAAACAAUUGGUGGACAAUAAUAGCCAUGAACUGCAUGAAUGGUUCAAAAACCUAACCUUUAAUUCAGACUUAAUUGAAGUGAAUGUGUCGGAUGAGAAGGUCCGGCGCCGACCGGACAGACCCCUACCGCCCAUUGACGAGGCACUGAAGGAAUACAACGAACGGACUGUCCAUUUGGAUGGCUUUCCAGUGGGCAGUGCUUACGAAGAUCUGAUGCAAUGGUUGCAAACGUACGGAAGCGUUGAAUACAUGGAAAUGAGAUACAAGAAGACGAAGACCGGACAGGCGUUUAAGGGCUGUCUGUUUUGCACCUACACUUACAAAUCGAUGGCCGACUCCGUGCUCAACGAAUCAGAGACCAAAUUUGGUGACAAAGAAGUGCUUAAAGAGAAUAAAAGCCGAUAUUUUGAACGCAAACACGAAUUUGUGGCCAAAUGUCGGGCCAUAAGAGCCGAGAAAAAGGCCGAACGGAAGGCCAGUGGAGAGGUAAUGGAUACCCAACUUCCGGAGGUUGUGAUACCCAUAAGGUCAACGAUAUUGAAGAUUAAGGAUUACCCCAAAGAGAUGACUUUCCAAGAGAUCUCUGAGCACUUCAAACCCAUGGCUACCGUGAAGUAUGUCCUAAAAGUGGAGGCAAUGAACUCGUGUUUUGUGAGAAUUCACGGCAAACCGGACGCCGAGGCUGUGUUGACCAGAAUGAAGGUGGCGGGCGAUGACGAGGACAGGGAUGGCUUUCAUAGAGUGUCG